AUGUCAGGUUCAACGCAACCAGCCAAUGAAAUUGAAUGCUCUUUUUGCAAUAUUAAGUUAAUUGAUGCAUUUGAGUACCCAAGCCAAGCUUCAAAACUUAUUUGGGACGUCAACUCAGAAAAUAUUUUACAGGCAUCAUCUCAAAUUAUAGACUUUAUUAAUACCAACAAGAUACCCAUCAAAAUGGCAAUUUAUUUGAUUGAUAUUAUUUCACAACUUCGUGAAAAAAAUAUUAAAUUAUUGGCAGAUCUUUACCAAGCGAUAUCAAAUAAAUUCUCAUGCACCAUUCAACCGAGGAAUGAGAAAUUAACAUCGUUGUUACAUUAUAGAGGUUUCAAAUUUGCAAACUUCAGACCGAAAAUGAAAGAAGAAGAUAUUAUCAACGUCUAUUCAAUAGAUUCUGCAUUACACUAUAUUGCAUAUGAUAAAGUUGAUGAACUCAAGAUCAAAUUCCCAUAUCUUGACAUUGCUCGUGAAAUCAAUGAAAUCACACCACUUGAUUGCGCUAUUAAAUACGGAUCAGAAUUGUGUUUCAAUUACUUUAAGAAUUUAGGCGCCAAAUACACUGAUAAGUCCGAAUUAUAUGCUGUUCAAGGCGGAAACACAAACAUUUUUAUGCAAAUGAUUGAAGAUAAGAAAUCAUUUAACUAUCGUCAAUAUGAAAUUGCUGAGUACCUUAAAUCAAACUUCAGACAAAAUCCUGAUUCAAUUGCAGAGAGCAUGUUUUUCGGAAACUAUGAUGUUGCAUCUUAUUUACUUUCUAAUGGUGGAAAUAUAAACAAACUUUACAUUAUCUUUCAUAUCAUAUUUAUCAUUAUUUUAUUACAUCCUUUUUAUUCUCAUAUUUAUCAUUGUUUUAUUACAUUCUUUUUCAUCUCAUGUUCAUCAUUGCUUUAUGAUAUUCUCUUUCAUUUUAUAUUUAUUAUUGUUUCAUGA